CUGCGAAAGGAAGAACUAUCAACUAGUUUGCUGCCAUGCAGAUAUUUUGGAGAGCUGCUAAGGAUGUCUAAAAGAACAAAGGAAUAGUAAUUCCCGAAGAAUUGGCGCAAAAUGAAAUCUAAUGUCAUACAACGUAUAUUAAGUGCUGUUUGUCAUACUGAGCCGCAGCUGUAGUCAUGGAUGCCAAAGCCAACGACAGCACCUUCCCUAGUUUUGGAGACUUAGAUGAUUUCCUCACCAAGCACGACUCCAAUUUUGUGUGGCUACUUGUGGCCACCAUUCUGUCCUGUGGAUGGAUCAUCUACCUGACCUACUACAACUCCCGUAACAUCGGCCUCAUCUUAACCCUCAUCACCAACAGACUCUACAAGAAUGGCUACAUUCACAUUGGCUCCUUCUCCUUCUCGGUGCUGUCGGGGAAGGUCAUGUUCAGAGAUGUGUACUUCAUCAACGAAGACAUGUCCAUCAGAAUACAAGAUGGUUUCCUUAUAUUCCGCUGGUGGAAAAUGUAUAACCCUAAGCAGAAACAGCACGACCCCAAGGCUGAGACCAGGCUCUACGUGACCGUAAAUGGAUUUGAGUUCCACGUUUACAACCGCACAGACCUCUACGCACGGCUACAGGAGACCUUCGGAUUGGACCCCACCCUCAUACCUCCCAAAAAAGACGAGGAGAGAGGAAGAGAGGAACGAGAAAAGAGCAUGGACAGUGUUAACAUCAAAGCAGAGUCUCCAGACCCGUCGUCAUCUUGGAGAUCCCUCAUCCCCGUCAUCAAAGUCAACAUCAGCACAGGUCGCUUAGCAUUUGGGAACCACCACCUCCCACAGACGAUAUGUGUGAAUUUUGAGGAUGCCUUCCUGACCUACGCCACCAAACCCCCCUCCAGCCACCUGGACCAAUACAUGCACAUCGUCAAGGGCUCUCUGGAGAAUGUCCGCGUCAUGCUCGUACCCAGCCCACGCUACCUGGGCAUGCAGAACGACGAGCCGCCCAGACUGAUGGGAGAAGGAUUUGUGGUCAUGCAGUCUAAUGACGUGGACAUCUACUAUUACCAGGAUGAACCAGGCCUGGUCCCAGAGGAGCAGGAGAGUGGGGAUCCAGAGCUGUGUGGAGAGGGCACCAAACUGCAAGAUCUGCCUCCCUGCUGGGGUCUGGACAUAGUCUGUGGAAAAGGAACUGACUUCAACUAUGGACCCUGGGCAGACAGGCAGAGGGACUGCCUGUGGAAGUUCUUCCUCCCGGCAGACUACCAGUCCUUGGGUGUUACGGAGGUGGCUCAGCCUGGCAAACCCAGACAGAUCCUAGCCUUUGAGCUGCGCAUGAACAUCAUCGCAGACGCCACAAUAGACCUGCUCUUCACCAAAAACAGGGAAACCAAUGCUGUCCAUGUGAAUGUCGGAGCAGGCUCUUAUCUGGAAGUGAAUAUCCCCAUGACUGUGGGGGAGUCUGGCUACUCUCCCACAAUCAAAGGUCAGCUGCUCCAUGUUGACACCACCACCAGCAUGCAGUACAGGACCCUACUGGAGGCUGAGAUGCUGGCUUUCCAUGUGAUUGCCAGCUAUCCCUGUGUAUGGAACAUGCCCCAGUCCUGGAACUGUGAGAUAGAGGUGUACAAGGCCACCUAUCACUUCAUUUACGCCCAGAAGAACUUCUUCACAGACCUGAUCGGGGACUGGGCCAGCGACAGCGCCCCAGAUAUCUACUCAUUUGUCCCUUACGCCUGGAAGUUCAAGGUCCUCUUCCAUCAGUUUGAGAUGAUCUGGGCUGCCAACCAGCACAACUGGAUCGACUGCUCCACCAAGCAACAGGAGAAUGUGUACCUGGCUGCUUGUGGGGAGACUCUGAUCAUUGAUUUCACAUUGCCUUUUAAUGAGUAUGUCCCUACCACCUGCAAUACAAAGUUCUGUCUGAGGGCUGAAGACACAGACCUGCGGCUGUCCCUGCCAGACUGCCACCCCAGCAGGUACCCGCUGCUCACCCUGGCCAAGGAAUACCAGAACAGCAAGUUGCCCCCUGACAUGUGCAUGCCUGUGGAGAGUCAGAGCCAUAGCGGCCCGCCCAAACUCAACAAGUCCCGCUGGAGGAACAUCACCCAUGCAGAGGCUGGCUGGGUGGACUGUUGGACUGUCCCAAACUUCCUGCUCAUCAUUGAUUACACCUGGCACCCUAUCUAUCCUCAGAAAGCAGACGAACAGCUCAAGCAGUCCUUGUCGGAGAUGGAGGAUGCCAUGCUGUCGUCCUUGCGCCCCCCUGAGCACUCGUCUGUACCCCAACCUCCUCCGCCUCGCCGCUCUGCCCCUAACAGCAGAGUGAUCACAGACCCCUCGGAGCUGACCCCUGACAGGCUUCACGUGGAGAUGGAGAUGUCCCCCGACUCCCAGAUCAUCCUCUACGGGCCCCUGCUCAAGGCCCUCGUCUCCAUCAAGGAGAACUACUUUGGCGAGGACGACAUGUACACAGACUUUGAGGAGGCGGUGUCCAGCCCUGUGCUGUCCUACCUGUCCACCUCCUCCAUCCUGGGCUGGUCUCCACUGGGCCAGGAUGGUGACGGGAGGGUUGCCGCCACCCUUCACCCCCUGGCCCUGCGUCCCUGGGACAUCACCGUCCUCAUCAACCUCUACAAGGUGCACGGACGCCUGCCCAUGCACUGCGGCAGCGACAGUCCUGAGGGCCCCUCUGGGUUCUUAGAGAGGCUCUGUUUUGAGAUGAAGAAGGGCUAUAAGGAGACCAUGCUCCAGCUUGUGCUCUCCCCGGCUCAUAUCUUCAUCAGUGACAACUACCAGCGGCCCACGUCUGAUGGUGUUCUGAGGGACGGCCACCUGAGUCUGUCUGGCCUGCAGAUGCGUGCCCACGCCAUGUUCUCAGCCCAGGGGCUGCCUCUAGGCACAGACACCCUGGAGUACGCCUGGCUCAUAGACAUGCAGGCUGGGGCCCUCACGGGGAGAGUCACCGUGCCACAGCUGGCCAGUGUGAUGGAGUGGGGUGAGACGUACAUGUUCCACGUCUUCUCCCGGGAGUUCCAGCUGGAGCAGCCCAAGCCCUCUGUCAUCUGCCAGCACGGGGUGGACCGCCGUGUGUGUGACUCCAAGAUGUCCUGCCUGCCUGGACACUGUCGGACAUCUGAGGAGCUCAAGUACACCAUGACCCGUCUGGCUGUGGAUGGGGCUGACCUCUUCAUAGUAGAGCACAGCUGUGCAGCCAACAUCAAGACGGGUGCCAUCCGACUGGCCAACUGCAACCUGCACAACCAGGCGGUGGGAGAAGGGAUCAGUGCUGUGGUGCAAGAUGUCCAUAUCCACCAGUACAUCGAACAGCAGCAGCCUCAGUCAGACGGGGUCCGACCAGGACCCUCUCCAGGUCAGGGCUUAGGGCUGGGCCAGCCCGCUGUACUGCGGAGAUCCUUCUGGUUGGAGGCUGGCUCAGUCAACUUCGCCCUGAUCACAGCUGACGUGGCACUGGCUGCGGACCACCCGGCCAAGUACGAGGUGCAGAGGCUAUUCCUGGAGCUCCAUGAUGCUUACACCAAGAGGCUAUGGUUCCUGUGGCCAGAUGAGACUGGUCGCAACAAGCGCAGCAGGAACAAGUGUGGUUGCCUGGGGGGCUGUCGUUUCUAUGGGGGCACCAACACGGGCCUGGACUUCUUCCAUCUGGAGGAGAUGACCCCCUCCUGCAGCUUGGCCUUCUCCUCCUCCAGUGUUGAGUCAGACAUGUGCUACGGCCAAUCACUGCUGCAGCCUGGAGAGUGGAUUGUCACCAAGGAGACGCCCAAGCUGUCUAACGGUAAGGGUGUGGGGGUGAAGGGAGACACCUGUACCCCCAGUCCGGCCCCGGAGCUCGGAAUACGGGGCCAACACCUGAGCCUGCAGGUGCCUCUGCGCUCCCACAGUUCGGCCUCCUCUUCCGAGGAAAAUAGUUCCUCCAGCGCAGCACUGCCCCUACUGGCCGGGGAGAGGGACAGCCCGUCUCCUAGCACUGAGGAACGCAUGUUCCCCAUGAACGGCAAGAGCACUGCCGAUACUCUUACAGAACUCCCUGAGGGCACCCCAGUGUCCCCCAACAGUGCCCAGGAGCACUCCUCUCUCCGCUCACCCCUUAAGCGCCAGUCCUCUGUGCAAUCUGGCCGGCUGGGCAGCACUAAGAGCCUGUCGGCGGCAGUCUUCACCGACAAGCCCCCACCGCCCCUUUCUGGCGUCCAGUUCAGCAGUGAGGUCUCCCGUAGCGACGAGAACGUCCUGGACUCUCCUCGCCAGCGCCGGAGCUACAGCUCCUUCCCGUUCACGCCGUCCGCAGACUCUAGCACCUUCCACCAGUAUCGCUCAGCAGACUCCAGCAUGUCGGUGGCGGACAGCGAGGCUUACUUUUCAGCAACAGAGGACUUUGAGCCCAUCAGCAGUGCAGACGAAGGUCCAGGCACCUACCCUGGCAGGAAGAAGAAGAGGAGGCAGCAGCAGAUGCAGUAUCAGCCCCAGCAGCAGCCUUACCACAUGGACCACUACAGCCGAAGUUCCAUCUACCACAGUGUGGAGGGACCUCUCACCUAUGUGUUGAAUGGGGAUCUCAUCACAGAGCCCAGGCCCCUGCCCAUGCCCCCCAUGCUGCCCCCGCUGCCAGCCCAACCCAUCCCCGGCCACCAGUCGCAGGCCUCCUUUGUUUCUGCGCUGGGGUUGGAGGAGGAGGGCUCAGUGGAGGUGGAGAAGACCCCCGAGCCAGGCCUGGUGACACGACAGCCCCACGUCAUGGCCUGCUACCAGAGUUACCUGGCCCACUACCAGGUGUCCAACUGGUCUCAGAAGCAGCCCACCAAUAAGAGGACCUCCAAAUCCUCACUACAUCGCCCCCUGGACCUGGACACGCCCACCAGUGAGGAGAGCUCCGCCUCCUUCGACCAGCUCUCUGUUCCCAGCUUUAAGGUGGUGAAACAAGGCCUCUCUGCCAGCUCUCUACUUGACAGAGGCCUUUCGUUGAUGGGAGACACAAACAACCAACCCUACACGCCUCUGGAUAAGAAGGCUAUGGAGAACACAGACGACACCACCACUGACGACUGGACCAUGGAGCAGCCCCUCUCCCAGACCAGAACUACCGCCAUCGUGGAGGUGAAGGGGGCCAUCAAUGUGGUGCUCACCCCUCUGGUGGCUGAAGCUCUGGACAGGUACAUUGAGUCCAUGGUCCACUACGUCAGUGUCCGUCACCCUGCAGCCAUUCUGGAUGACCUGCAUGGGAAGGUCCUCAAUGAAGCCUAUCAGAUCAGCAAGUCCACAGUAACUGAAUCCAGCUCAGCCAAGCAGGAGAACAAGCUAUCAAAGACGGAGGGUACCACAGGCUCCCUCAACACGCCCCAUGGCCAAACGGACCUGACGGUCAAACCAGACAACGUGAAGAUCAAGGGCCUGCAAGCUAAUGUGUCAAUUCCCAAGGUGAACCUGUGUCUGCUCCAGGCCUCGGUAGAAGAGUGUUCUCCCUCCAACUCCAGUAAGAGCCACAUCACACACGUCUCCCUGGUUGCUCUGUGCUUCGACAGGAUCGCCACACAGUUUCGCAUGAACAGGGGAAUAGUGGAGGAGACACCCAACACAGCAGAGAAUGGCCGUCCCUCCGUCAACUUGGAAAAGUACGCAUCGGCCACCAAGAUGCAGCCGCAGUCCUCAGGCUCAUUGCGCUCCAACGCUGGCAUCGAGAAGGGCAAGGAGAUCGCUGCCAAGCUUAACAUCCACCGCAUCCACAGCCAACUACGAGGCCUGGAUUCCACAGACAUAGGAACAUGUGCAAUCACGGCCAUCCCCUUUGAGAAGUCCAAAGUGCUGUUCAGCCUGGAGGAAAUGGAUGAGUUUUCCCUGGUGGAUGAGACAGAGAACCAGGUGGCUGCAGACCUGGCCCGGACCGGCGCAUCCUUGGAGAAGUGGGGCUGGAUCAUGUUUGAGUGCGGCAUUGAGAACCUCACUGUCAAAGGUGGGCGUCAGUCGGGUGCAGUGCUGUACAGUGCGUUUGGCAUCAUGGGACAGUCUGGUACGGGCGUGAAGACUGGCAUGUCCAAAUCUAAUGGCUCAUCGUGUUCUCAGACUGGCAGCGGCUACAGCACCGAUGUAUCUGAUGACAAUCUGCCUAACGACGUGACAAGACCAAACUCUGAUGCCAACAGAAACUCAGACUCUGACGAUCAGGAUGAAGGGGUGGAGUCUGACGACCUGAAGAAGGACCUCCUCCUCAUGCCCCCGCCCCCUGACUCCAGCAGCAUGAAGCUUACCAUCAAGGAGAUUUGGUUCAGCUUCGCUGCCCCCACCAACGUACGCUCCCCCUCACAGGCCAUCUCCAGGCAGCUGAAUCUCCUAAGCACAGCGACGCCAGCGAUUGGCGCCUGGUUGGUCCCCAUCGACCAGCUCAAGUCUUCUCUGCGUAAGCUUGACAUGGAGGGCACUUUGAGAGUGUGUGCUGUCAUGGGCUGCAUCAUGACUGAAGCCUUGGAGAAAAAGAGUAUCCACAUCCCCUUUCGGAGCAAGUACAACAGGGUGACCAAGCGAGCACGCUACCUUCACGAGAACCCCUCCUGUCUGCUGUGUAACAUCCUGCAUCGCUACCUACAGCAGGCUAACUACUCUGUGAUAGAGGAGGCCACCAUGAAUGACGGGCUGCCUGCCCUGGUGACCCUGAAGAAGGGGCUGGUGGCUCUGGCCCGGCAGUGGAUGAAGUUUAUUGUGGUGACCCAGGGCUUCAAGGCCAUCGGCCUGAUGAGGCCCAACCAGCUGCCCAAACCCAAGGAGACCCCCCAGCAGCAGACCUUCCAGGACCAGAGCCAGGGCCUGGACAACGGAGCUGCGCUGCAGAGUGACACUAGUGCUGACGGGGCUGAGUUUGAGUUUGACGCAGCCACAGUGAGUGAACACACCAUGCUGUUGGAGGGAGCAUGCAGCCGCCCCCUGCCCACAGGAGACAAAUCUGGACCAGUUAGUGGGGUGGAGAUCAUGAGGAAGCUCUCCAAGUCCCACACACACAGUGAAUCUGCCCUCAAAAUAAAGGGCUCCCACCCAUACCAGUCCCUCAGCUACACCAGCGGGGACACAGCGGCUGACUCUCCUGCCCAUGUGAGUCGCGUGGGCAUGACUGCCAAGGACAGUCCCCGUAAGGAGAGUCUGCUGAGCUACCUGACAGGCAGCUUCCCCAGCCUGCACAACCUGCUGGAGGGCACGCCCCAGAGGAAUGAAACCACCACCAAGAGCACAGGUAACAGUGUGGGCCCAGAUGUGGUGACGGAACACCCCCUGCUGUCUGAGCCCUCCUCCGUCAGCUUCUACAACUGGAUGUCCAACGCUGUGGGCAACCGGGGCGGAGGGACCGCUGUACCCCAGGAGUCCCCGGUCAACUGCUCCCAGCACAAUAUCCUGCAGACAGGCAUCACCUGUAACCUCCACACCAUCCCAUCAGCGUCAGACUUCAACACGGUGCUGUCCAGCGACCAGAACACUCUUGAUGGAACACAGUCUCAGCACUCUCAGCACAGCACCAGCCAAGAUGACAUAAUGAUGGCCGACAUUGAGGAGGGCAACCAGUGUCCCGCCGCUGUUCAGCUAGCAGACGCCCAGGUUGUGUUCAAGCCUCUGCUGAGUCACACAGGGAUCCAGGCCCAGGACACCACUCCUCUCAGCUACAAGAUGUACUUUGGGGAGCACCUCUCCUUCUCUGGCACCUUGGAGUGUCUCAGAGCAGACAUUGUGGACUCUGACACAUCCAAAGAGCGGAAAAAUAAACGGUUGAAAAGACAGGGCAUGCCAAACCUCCCUCUGCUGGAGUUCAAGCCUGCCCUGCUGAUCGAGACGUUCAGCCUGAACGCUGUGGUGAUGGAGAAGUCUACCAGCACUGGCCCGCCUAACUCCACGGCUGCAGCUGCUCCCCUCGCCUUUCACGACCUGAAUCGUCGCCACUACAACACCUUUCACUGCGACUUCACCAUCGCCUGCCAGGCCAUCAGCCAGCGCGUGGACAUGGCCCUGGUGCGCCUCAUCCACCAGUUCAGCACCAUGGUGGACGACAUCAAGGCCACACAGACAGACAUCAAGCUCAGCCGCUACACCGCCGGCUCUGCCUCCCCCACACCCACCUUUAAAGUGCGGCCCUACCGCCACUUCCGCUCCUCUGACUUUAGCCGCAGCUCGCGAGGAAGCGUCAACGGAGCCGGGCGGAGUGGGGCUGGCAGCGGCGGGAACACUGCUCAGAAGAGCAAGCGGGGGGGGUCAGGACUGGACACGCUGGGCAGGAGGGAGCCCCGGGGACGCAACACGCUUGCUCGCUCGGAGCGCCGUACCUCCAAGGUGUCGCGGAAGGGCUCACGGGAUGUGGCGGACCACAUGACCAUCCAGAUGGACGACUCAGACUCCAUCACAGUGUCAGAGCAGAGCGAGCCCUCUGCAGAGUGCUGGCAGAACAUGUACAAGCUGCUCAACUUUUACUCCCUCAUCUCCGACCCCACCGGUAUCCUGGAGAAGAGCUCCCCUGAGAACUGCCUCUCGGAUGGUGGCCGCAGCCCCUCGGAGCCCCUGUGCAGGGUGAUGUUUGAGAACGAGCAGCAGGACCCCACCAACAAGCCUCCGGCUGGGCUCGGAGCGGGGGGGCGACGGCGUAGCUUGGUAAGCUGUGAGCCACAGCACGUCACCCUCAUCGUGUUUGGCAUCGGCAUUGUGAACCGCACCCACCUGGAGGCAGACAUUGGGGGCCUGACCAUGGAGGCAGAGCUAAAGAAGAUACACGGCAGCUUCACGCUUAAGGAGAAGAUGAAGGACAUACUGCACCAGAAGAUGACAGAGACUUGUGCAUCAGCCCACAUAGGGGGAGUUAACAUUGUGCUCCUGGAGGGUAUAACCCCAGACAUUCAACUGGAGGAUUUCCCUACAUCUCCUACCAGCACUGCCAAACAAGAGUUUCUAACAGUUGUGAAAUGCAACAUAGCGAAGUCCCAGGCCCUGUACAGCGCCCAGCGGGGCCUAAAGAACAAUAACGCCGCUGUGUUCAAGGUGGGCGCCAUCAUGAUCAACAUCCCCCAGCACCCAGCCACGCUGCACAGCAUGAUGGUCCGCAGCUCCCACCAGCUCUCCAAGCAGAUCUCCGACCUCAUCCGCCAGCCAUCCAGCGUGCCACCCUCCAACAGGGAGGACACUCCCACCCCUCAGCCCUCUGACAAGGCGUCCAGCAUCAACCAGACUCCUGUGGAGGCCAACGAGUUCCCCCAGCUGCCGGAGGGGCUGGAGAAGAAGCCCAUCGUCCUCAAGUUCAGUGCCAUGAUGGACGGCAUCACCAUAGGAGCGGCCCUGCUGCCCUCCCUCAAGGCUGAGUACAAGAUGGGCCGCAUGAAGAGCCACGGCAUGACAGGAGCCCAGACAAGGUUCACGUUUGAGCUGCCCAACCACAAGCUAUGUUUUCAGUCCAAGGUGUCUCCGGUGGACACCAUGUCCGCCAUGCCCCCCUCGGCCAGCCUCAACCUCCCGCCAGUCACCAUGUCCGGAGAGUACAUCAUGGAGGACCACGAGGGCCACUCGGAUUUCACAGACGACUUCCCAAUCCCCAUGAAGCAGGGAAACUACCUCCAGGGGAAUUACCUGCGCUGUGUGGCUGAGAUUGGUUCUUUUGAGCACAACCUCACAACGGACCUCCUGAACCACCUGGUGUUCCUGCAGAAGGUUUUCAUGAAGGAAGUCAAUGAGGUCAUCCAGAAAGUAUCAGGAGGAGAGCAGCCCAUCCCUCUAUGGAAUGAGCACGACAUCUCGACAGAUGCUGACAAGCCCAAGAUUCUGCUUUACUCACUCAGUCUGAUGUUUAAGGGGAUCCAGAUGACAGCCACCACUCCAUCCAUGAGAGCGGUGCGCUUCGAGACAGGGCUGAUAGAGCUGGAGCUCUCCAACAGGAUCCAAUGUAAAGCCCAGCCCGGCGGCAGCAGCAGUUACCUCAAACUGUUUGGGAAGUGCCAAGUGGACCUGAACCUCGCCCUGGGCCAGAUAGUCAAACACCAGGUUUAUGAGGAGGCAGGUUCAGACUUUCACCAGGUGGCCUACUUCCGCACUCGUAUUGGCUUACGGAACGCCCUUCAGGAGGAGAUUAGUGGCUCCUCAGACAAAGAGGCAGUCCUCAUCACACUCAACCGGCCAAUCGUCUUUGCUCAGCCUGUGGCUUUUGACAGAGCUGUACUCUUCUGGCUGAACUACAAGGCGGCCUAUGACAACUGGAAUGAGCAGCGUCUGGCACUGAACAAAGACAUUCACAUGGCCACCAAGGAGGUGGUGGACAAGCUGCCGGGCAUCCAGCAGACCUCUGCCCAGGCCUUCAGCACCCUGUUCCUGCAGCUCACCGUCAACGACCUGGGAAUCUGUCUGCCCAUCACCAACACCUCACUGGCAAACCACAGCAUUGACUUUGACACUGGCUCGGCCCUGGUGCUAACCAUCGAGAGCACGCUGAUCACCGCUUGCUCCUCUGAGUCGCUGGUCAGCAAGGGCCACUUCAAGAACUUCUGCAUCCGCUUUGCCGAGGGCUUUGAGACGUCCUGGGACGACUGGAAGCCCGAGAUCCGAGGAGACAUGAUCAUGAACGCCUGUGUUGUUCCUGAUGGCACAUAUGAAGUCUGCUCCAGAACCACAGGCCAGCCGUCAGCAGAAAGCAGCAGUGCGGGCACCUGGGCACUGAACGUGCUGUGGAAGAUGUGUGGUAUCGAUGUCCACAUGGACCCCAACAUCGGCAAGCGGCUCAACGCCCUGGGCAACACGCUGACAUCGCUGACGGGCGAGGAGGACGUGGACGACAUCGCUGACCUCAACUCCAUCAACAUGGUGGACUCUGAUGAGGAUGAGGCCGACACCAUGUCGCCCACCAUCCAUAUGGAGACCAUAGACCUCAGGCGGCAGACGGCAGUGGGCAACCAGAUCUUGGAUCCCAGAAGGGGGAAGUUAAACAAAAGAAUAGUGGACAUCAGAGAGCUGAACGAGCAGGCCAAAGUCAUUGAUGACCUCAAGAAACUGGGAGCGAGUGAAGGCACAAUCAACCAGGAGAUCCAGCGCUACCAGCAGCUGGAGUCUGUGGCCGUCAACGACAUCAGGAGAGACGUGCGCAAGAAACUACGACGCUCCAGCAUGAGGGCUGCGUCUCUGAAGGACAAGUGGGGUCUGGGAUACAAACCCAGCUAUAACCGUUCCAAGAGCAUCUCUACAGCAGCAGGGAGGCCUCCACUCAAAAGGAUUGAACGCCAAAGUUCCAGAAUAGGAGACGUUGAUGACUUACCGGACAUCAGAGUUGAUGCGUCCUCCCCAGGACCGAGAGUCACCUUCAACAUCCAGGACAUGUUUCCGGAGGAGACAGAAAUGGAUCUGUUGUCUAUCACCAUUGAUGAGCGACCCCAUCCUCAUCUUCAUCACCUUCAUAAUUUCCCAUCCAUUAGCGAAGGGCCCCACUCAGUUUUCAGUGCCCCUGCCACCCCUGCCGUCUUUUCACCUGGCAUUCCCUUCCAGCACGACGACAUGCGCCGCGACGAGCUCUCCUCCUCUUCCUCAGAGGAUUCCGACAAGGAGGAAGAGUUUGACCGCAAGAGGACUUCCUGCUACGUCAGGAGGCCUGUCCAACCACCACACAGGAAGCCAUCGGGCUUCGCCGCCGUCAGCCAGCUGUUCAGCGAGCGCUGGCCCAGCACGCCCACCAAUCGCAGCCUCAUGAGCUCGGUCACCGAGAGGAACAUCGACUUUGAGCUGGACGUGCGCGUGGAGAUUGACAGCGGCAAGUGUGUCCUGCACCCCACUACCCAGCAGCCGGAGAACGAGGAUGUCUCCUUCAGAAGGAGUUGUGACCGCAGCUCCAGGAGUCUGGACCAGGAAUCUCCACCCAAGAAGAAGAAGCUCCAGCCCACCUAUACCUCCACCACCCAGCUCCUGGCCGGGAAGAAGGUGCCCUCCUCUCUGCAGACCAAAUCCAGUGACCUGGAGACCACUGUCUUUUACAUUCCGGGAGUAGAUGUCAAGUUGCACUACAACUCCAAGACCAUAAAGACCGAGUCGCCUGAUGCCUCGCGCGGAUCCUCCCUCCCCCGCACCCUCUCCAAAGAAUCCAAGCUGUAUGGUAUGAAUGAUAGCGGCCCUCACAACCCUUCCAAUGCUGGCCAAAGCAAGACUAACUCGCUCCUUCCUCCCCCAUCCCCACCUCUACCAUCAGCCAAAGGCAAGGGCAGUGGUGGGGUGAAGACAGCCAAGCUGUAUGCCUGGGUGGCCCUCCAGACCCUCCCAGAAGAGAUGGUCAUAAGCCCUUGUCUUCUGGACUUCCUGGAGAAAGCCUUGGAGACCAUUCCCAUCACACCGGUGGAAAGGAACUAUACUGAUCUGAACUCCCAGGAGGAGGACUUAGGCCAGUUUGAUCCAGUGGAGCCCCUGGAGGAGUCCACCACAUCCCUGGUGUCCUCAUCCACCUCUGCCUACUCCUCCUUUCCUGUGGACGUGGUGGUUUAUGUCAGAGUACAGCCCUCUCAGAUCCGCUUCAGCUGCUUGCCCAUGUCCAGAGUGGAGUGUAUGCUGAAACUGCCAUCUCUAGACCUGGUAUUCUCCUCUAAUCGCGGUGAAAUGGAGAUCCCAUCCAGCACCCAACCUACCGACAGCCCACAUACACCCUCCUCCACCCCCCCGAGCCUACACAUCCUCAAACCACCCCCUGGCAAAGGAGGUCCCUCUCCAUCUCUGGGUAGCCCUCUGGGCCGAACCCAUCACAGCAGCAGCCAGUCAGACCUCACCGCCCCCCCCAGCAACUCCUCAGGGCUCAGCUUCACUGCCUGCAUGUCAGACUUCUCCCUCUACGUGUUCCACCCUUACGGGGCAGGGAAACAGAAAUCUGCUGUCACAGGGCAGGCACCAGGCCCAGGACCUCUAGGUACAGUGGAUGAGGAGCCGUCCUCUGUGACUGGGAGGAAGGAUUCCCUCAGCAUCAAUCUGGAGUUUGUCAAGGUCAGCCUGUCCAGAAUGAGACGCACCGGAGGACCAACCUUUAUCGAGAGUUUUAUACCCGGCAAGGGGGGCAAGAUGGACACCACCCUCAUCAAUAUCUCAGCUGUGUGUGACAUCGGCUCUGCCUCCUUCAAGUAUGACAUGCGGAGGCUGAGUGAAAUCCUGGCCUUCCCCAGAGCCUGGUACCGCCGCAGCAUCGCCCGACGCCUCUUCCUAGGAGACCAGACCAUCAACAUGCCAACAGCCUCGGGUCCAGCCACCCCAGACUCUGUAGAGAACAUGGCCCAACACCUGUCACCAGAGUCCAGCCGUAAAGCCUACUGGAGGACCUGGGACGGUAGCACUGGGCAGCACAUGCCCCAGUCCCCCAACGUGUUCUCAGACCACUCCACUGGGAGCAACAUGUCCCCCGGGGGCCUGUCCUCCCACCUCAAGUCCCCGGCCCCCGGACGCACCAGGAGUGUCUCCGAUUCCUCUGCCCCCAGAAGAGAUUCUGUGAACAAGACGUCCACACCAUCGUUCAAUAAGAGCGGCAAGGCAGCCGGCCCCCAGGGGACCCCGUGGGAGACACUAGUGGUGUUCGCCAUCAACCUGAAGCAGCUCAACGUCCAGAUGAACAUGAGCAAUGUCAUGGGCAACAACACUUGGACCACCAGUGGGCUGAAGAGUCAGGGUCGUCUGUCAGUGGGUAGUAACAGAGACAGAGAAAUCAGCAUGUCCGUGGGUCUGGGCCGCUCCAAACUGGACUCUAAAGGCGGCGUGGUGGGUGGCAAUAUAGAUGUCAACACCCUGGAGAUGGUCUCCCACAUCUCGGAGCACCCCAACCAGCAGCCCAGCCAUAACAUCCAGAUCACCAUGGGUUCCACGGAGGCCCGUGUGGACUACAUGGGCUCCAGCAUCCUCAUGGGCGUCUUCAGCAACGCAGACCUGAAGCUUAAGGAUGAGUGGAAGGUCAACCUGUGCACUGUGGAGACAAGCCUAUCAGAGAAAAGUAAGAUAUUUGUCCAAGGGGACUUGCAGUGGGAUAUCUUCCAGGUGAUCAUCUCGCGCUCCACUACCCCCGACCUCAUCAAGAUUGGGUUGAAGCUGCAGGAGUUUUUCACCCAGCAGUUUGACACAAGCAAACGAGCAUUGUCCACAUGGGGUCCAGUCCCCUACCUGCCCCCCAAGGCACCGGUCAUCAACAUUGAGAAAGGUGCUGCAGAGCUGUACAUGGAUGCGGCCCACCAUCGACACUGGCCUGGAGUUCUGAAGGUGAUCGCCGGGUGCCACAUCUCCCUCUUCCAGAUGCCUCUUCCAGAAGACGCAGUGCAACUGGGUGGCUCCAUUAGUCUCCAUGGCAACCACAUGACCCUGGCCUGCUUCCACGGGCCCAACUUCCGCUCCAAGUCCUGGGCCUUAUUCCACCUGGAGGAGCCCAACAUAGCUUUUUUGACUGAGGCUCAGAAGAUAUUGGAGGACGGCUCCACUGAUGAGUCCACCUACAUCGUGCAGACGUUGGCUUUUAAUCUGGGUCACAACACUAUGGAAACCAAACCCUGCGGGGCGCUAGAGAGCCCCAUGGCCACCAUCACCAAAAUCACCCGUCGCCGGCACGAAAACCCGCCUCACGGAGUAGCCACGGUCAAAGAGUGGUUCAACUACGUAACUGCCAUGAGGAAUGAGGAACUGAACCUCUUGCGCAACGUACACGCCAACAACCCAGAGAGCGGGGCGGCCGCCAAGAGUUCAAGCCUGCUCAGCAGCUUCAGCGGCUCUUCUAGCUACAACCACGAGACGGAGACAAUCUUCGCCCUUCCCAGGAUGCAGCUGAAUUUCAGCUCCAAAAACUUUCAGGAUCCCGAGGAACCCUCCUUGACUGACUCCAACAGUAAGCCUAAGGUGGAGUGCAGCCUGGUUACUGAAUUCACCGACCACAUCUGUGUCACCAUGGACGCAGAGCUCAUCAUGUUCCUGCAUGACCUGGUCUCUGCCUACCUGAAAGAGAAAGAGAAGGCCCUUUUCAACCCCCGGAUGUUUGCCACUCGGCCUGGUCAGAAGAGCCCAACGGCCCUUAAUGAUGAGAACUCCACAGACAAGGAGGAUGGCAUCAACUACACUACGGUGGACUGGAGAGAAUUCAUGUGCAACACCUGGCAGCUGGAGCCCACGCUCAGGCUCAUCUCCUGGACGGGACGGAAGAUCGAUCCUGUCGGCGUGGACUACAUUCUCCAGAAGCUAGGCUUCCACCACGCAAGGACUACAAUUCCCAAAUGGCUCCAGAGGGGAGUGAUGGACCCCCUGGACAAGGUCCUCUCUGUCCUCAUCAAGAAACUGGGCACGGCCCUGCAGGACGAGAAAGAGAAGAAGGAGAAGAUAGGACGAGACAAGGAAGAGCACUAACACCAACAUCCAUACCUUCUAACACAACACUUUAAAAACUGGAGGUCAGACAGUAAAUCGUCAACAAACAAAACACUGGAAAACUGGAAAACACUGGAUAGUUCCUAGACUUGCUGUACAGUGGAUAGCGUAGGUACAUUUACCGCUAAGCCGUGUGAAUUUCAACAUAGAUGUUUACUGUGGUGCAUGCCACUAUGGGUUUUGACAGAAAAAUGUGCACUGUUUUUAUGUAUAUUUUGAACAAAAUAGUAAGUCUUAUUAUUUGGCAGCUUAAAAUAAUAACCCUGAAACCCCAACAUGAAUUAUAUGAUAUACAUGCUUUAUAUGGUUGUUGUCAGAACAAACACGUUGACGUCAUCAUUUAUGAUACUUCUUUUAUGGUUCAUUACCUUUUUUCUGAUGAGUGUGGGGGUUACUUCUAAAUCAUUGCCUUUUCUUUGUUUCCAAUGGUAUAGUUGGAAUGAGGAAUCUCAUUUUAAGUGUCAGCUUUUCUAAAUUGAUCCCAAUGACAACAGUUUUUGGAAAAUUUUCCUAUGAACUAAAAAGUAUUGGAUGGUUUAAAUCCACUUAUAUAAUGUAUUGUAAUGCUAAACCAUGGUUAAUUCUUUUUUUUAAUCUUAAUUUAAUGGGGAUCAGAAAUGUAUAGUCUAAAACCCAUGUGAGCUGGGUGUGUCAAGCCUGUUUUUUUUAUAUGUGCAAUAGAUCCGUGUAUAUAAAAUGACUGUGAAUUUCUUAAGUGUUGAUUUCUGAAUAAAAUAAAAUCAUAGCCAUCCAAUUUUA